GAGAGCAGAGUGGGAGUGUAUUGGGACGCGGCCCGAGCGGAGCCCCGUGUCCGGUUGGAGGAGAAAAGAAGCCGCAGACCAUAACAGUGAGCUGAAAUCCAGCGGGGAGGAGAAGAAGAAAAGAAAUAUAAUAAAAAAAAUUAUAACUGUUUUAAAGGAAAAUGCCAAGCAAAAAGAAGAAAUACAACGCCAGAUUUCCUCCGGCGAGGAUUAAGAAGAUCAUGCAAACGGAUGAAGAAAUAGGCAAAGUCGCUGCUGCAGUUCCUGUCAUCAUCUCGCGGGCACUGGAACUCUUCCUGGAGUCUCUCUUGACAAAAGCAUGCCACGUGACCCAGUCCCGCAACGCCAAAACCAUGACGACGUCACAUUUGAAACAGUGCAUUGAACUGGAGCAGCAGUUUGAUUUCCUGAAGGAUCUGGUGGCCGCGGUCCCGGACAUGCAAGGAGAGGGGGAUGAGAAUCAUGCAGAGGGAGCAGAGAGGAUCCCACGCAGAGGCCGAAAGCCUGGCUCAGGACGCAAGAACGGAGGAGCAGGAGCAAAAGGCAAAGACAAGAAGCUGUCAGGCACAGAGUCUGAACAGGAGGACGACUCUGAAGACAGCGAGACAGAUGGGGACGAGGAAGACAUCCCUCAGCCCAACGCACACCAUCAGGCGGCAUCCCAUUUCCACAGCCCAGACAUGCCCCCUCCGUACAUGCCCAUGGGUGCCCCUCAGGCCACUCUCGCCAUGCCCAUCAGCUCUUUCGGCUCUCAGGCUUCAGUCAUGGGGAUGAUCGCGCCUCCUCCUGCCACGGCGCCGCACAAAGAACACGACGACGACGAAGACUAUGACUCUUAGCUCCUUGUCCCCACCCUGCUCGAACCAUUUUACAUUCGUUUUUCUUAAGUUGUUCUUGUUCGGCUGCAGAACGCAAAAACGGCUGGAAACCCACAGAACUUACAAUAGUUAACGUCCAGACACACCGGUGAAGGGCGUUAGCAAGCCUGCAGCCACAGCGCAAGAAGAAGAAUGGGUUGUGUAUUAGCUGUGUGUUUUAAUUUCUUUUUUUAAGAAUUCUUAUUUUACUGUGCAGAUUCAGAGAAACAGGACAAUUGGUUUAGGCUGGGUUUUUUUUGUUUGUUUUUUUAAAAAGCAUUUUGUCAUCGCUGCAUUCUUGGCUCACAGUCUCAUUUGGAAACUGGCCCCAAGCGUUUUUUUUUUUUUUUUUAAUAUUCUAUUUUAUUAAAAAGCCAGCAUAGAAAUUCCCUGUAGACUUUUGCACUUUUUUGUUUUUUUUGUCAUCUUAGGCUUCCAUUCUUCUUUCUUCCUUUUUUUUUUUUUUAUUUUUUUUUUAAAUGAACAUCGAACGACUUCAAAUCCUUUGCUAGGUCAGUUUAAAUAACGGUAUUAGAAAUUCCUCGGUUCAUGUACCGGAGGGGGGAAUAUCACUGACAAAAAUAUGAAGAAUGUGGUGCACAUGUGUCUCUGGGCCAACAACCUUACGGUAACAUCUGUAAAUAGUCUCUUUUUUUUUUUUUUUUUUAAAUUAAAGAAUUUUAAGUUUAAUUUCAACACCAGGCAAAGAUUUCUCAUUUAAACUCGUCUUAGAACGUUUUAAGAAAUACGCACGAUUAUUCCCCCCCCCAUAAGGAUAUUAGUUCCUUUAAGAUUUUACUUUAUGACCGUUUUAUUAUGUAACCAAGCCAAUUUACACCGAUUUCAUGGGUUUCUGUUUAAUAAACAAAUUUGCGCGAAUACAGGCAGAAGGCACAUGGGCCACAUCUUCAACACACUCUACAACCAAAUCUCUGUACAUCAUGACUUUGUAUCUUUUAAAUCGUUUUAAUGUUCUUUGCGGGGCCUGAGACGAGCCAGGAACAUUGCUCUCCCUCUCUCCUGUCUGUUUUUCGUGGAUGUCUCUUUCCAGGUGUGUAAAUUUUGGCUGCUCAGAGGCUGUAUGUGAAACUUUUAACAUUCUUAUUAUUUUGUAUGAGUGAAAUAAAGUGCAAAUUUGGGUA